AUGGCUUCACGGACAAUGACCAAGGAGGAUCUCCGGAGACUCCAAGGACAACCCAAGAGCGCCCCCAAGCGCGUGGACAACACCUGGGCCAUCCCCCUCGCUCUCAUCGGCGCCAUCCUCGCGCUGUACGCACGCGAUCCCUCCGAAUCCAACAUCCUUCACCGCUUCAUCUUUCUCUCCUACAAACAGGAUGACGGUCAAUACGGCAAGGGCCUGUGGGACAUUGCCUUCGUGUCCUUUUACGUGAUCGUGCUGACUUUCACGCGCGAGUUCAUCAUGCAGGAGAUCCUGCGUCCGCUCGCGCGACUGCGCAUCAAGUCACGAGGGAAACAGGCCCGCUUCAUGGAACAGGCCUACACGGCGAUCUAUUUCGCCGUCCUCGGGCCGGCGGGUCUGUAUGUCAUGCGUCAGACGCCGGUGUGGUACUUCAAUACGCGGGGAAUGUAUGAGGCAUUCCCGCAUCGGACGCAUGCUGCGGAAUUCAAGUUCUAUUACCUGUUCGAGGCGGCGUAUUGGGCGCAGCAGGCCAUUGUCAUGCUGCUGGGGAUGGAGAAGCCCCGGAAGGAUUUCAAGGAGCUCGUCACGCAUCAUAUUGUCACUUUGGCGCUGAUCGCGCUGAGCUAUCGGUUCCAUUUUGCGUAUAUGGGUAUUGCCGUGUAUAUCACGCAUGAUAUUAGUGAUUUCUUCCUUGCUGUUUCGAAAUCCUUACACUACUAUGCUCCGGAUAUUAUGAUUCCGUUCUACGCGGCUUCGAUUAUAUCCUGGGUGUACCUGAGGCAUGUACUCAACCUGCGCAUUUUGUACUCGAUUCUCACGGAAUUCCGCACCGUGGGUCCCUACGAACUGAACUGGGAAACGCAACAGUACAAAUGCUGGAUCUCGAACGUCAUCACGUUCUCCCUGUUGGCAGUUCUUCAGGGGUUGAAUCUGUUUUGGCUCUACUGCUUGCUCCGCAGUGCGGUCAAGUUCCUUGUCACCGGUGAGAAGAAGGACGACCGUUCUGAACCCGAUGAAUCGGAACUUGAGAUGGAACAGGCCCACCUCAAAGCGAACGGUCUCAAUGGUCAUGCGAACGGCAAUGGGUCGCUGAAUGGCGACGCAAAGAAGCUGAACGGCAACGCGAAGAGCCAUGUCAGGGCCCGAUCGGUCAAGAUGAAUCGCUCGCGCUAA